AAAAAUGCACUAUUGCGUUUGAAUAGAUGGCCGGGCUGGCUCAGGCUUCAUGAUGUAUUAAAUGCCUUGUUUAAUGUAAUAGAGUUAGAUAGACCAGCAAGGAGGCCUCUAGACCCUGGUUUGUUUGAUGAUUAACAGGAUCCACUAAACACCCACCCUGUGUGGAAUGUUUCACAAUCACGGUCACGUCCCAAAUCACUUCCCCUUCACUUCAUAGUGAACACCUGUGAUCAAGACCGGCAGGCCUAGUGCACUAUAAGGGGGAAAGUGUGCAUUUAGGACCCGUCCCGGUCCAGUGAGCAGAGCAACGCCCAGCCCACCCGGCCGACUGACUGUUUCAGCAGGGUCUGUGUGUUUAAUCUACUUCACCUUCAGCAUGGCCACGCUCACGGCUGUGUUUGUGGCUGUUCUAUGCGUGAUCCUGGCCUUUCUGUUCAAGAUCUCCCAGAGGAAGGAGACCAAGGUAGGCAAGGCUGAGUCAGUGCCCACCGCCAAGGCCCGACCGUGGGUGGAUGAGGACCUGAGGGAUGACACAGAUAUUGGACCCAAAGAUGACAAUGAUGGGGAUUGGGUUGAGAGUGGUGAGGAAGAGGAGCUUUGCCACGUGCCUUACUUAGGAUCUCGUUACCCUGUAGAGGUCAUGGUUCAAAGGUCGCAGGACUUUUACAACUUGAUGAACCAGAGGAGGUCUGUCCGCUUCAUCAGCCCAGAGCCUGUUCCACGACAGGUCAUUGACAAUGUCAUCCUCACUGCAGGAACUGCCCCCAGCGGAGCCCACACGGAGCCAUGGACCUUCGUGGUGGUGUCUGACCCAGAGGUCAAGCAUCAGGUCAGGCUCGUGGUGGAAGAGGAGGAGGAGGUCAACUACCGACACCGGAUGGGAGACAAGUGGGUCAGCGACCUUCAGAGGCUCAGGACUAACUGGGUGAAGGAGUAUCUGGACGUAGCUCCGUACCUCGUGUUGGUGUUCAAACAGACGUACGGCAUUGCAGCAGGAGGAAAGAAGAAGACUCAUUACUAUAACGAGAUUAGCGUGUCCAUCUCCUGUGGCCUGCUGUUGGCCGCACUGCAGAAUGCAGGUCUAGUGACCGUGACGACAACACCCCUCAACUGCGGUCCCAAGCUCAGGCUCCUCCUUCAGCGGCCGGCCAAUGAGAAGUUGCUGAUGUUACUUCCGGUGGGUUACCCAGCCUCCAACGCCACCGUGCCUGACCUCACCCGCAAGCCUCUUGAUGACAUUGUGGUGCACGUGUGACGGACCAGAAGGGCCAGAAUGAUGUCAUGGGGAAGAUCUCAAUUUCAUACUGCAGAGGUUCCUUCUCUUGGACUCCAUCCUGAACGUCAUUAGAUGAGACUGCUGGGUCCAGGGGAGGUCCAGAGGCCUACAGCAUUGUUUCCGGUGCCCACGCACUUCUGCAGAAUGGGUUCCAAUGUGCUCUACCACUCUUUCACCCCAACACAAAACUCUGCUCCUUUCCCUCCUCUUUCCAGUCAAAUAAAACAGAAAAAUGCCUGAAAAA